AUGAGAGAUCAGUGUAGUCAGAGCAGAGUAGCGCUGCAGGAGCAGAGCUCUUGCUCUGAGCCUGCCUUCACGGACCAUUAUAUGGUCCUGCAGGACAUUGGGGAAGGGGCCUUCGCCCAGUUGAAACUUGCCCGCCAUCUUCUUACUGGGACAGAGGUUGCAGUGAAGGUCUUGGAAAAAGCAGCCACGAAAUUCACCUGCCUCUCUGAACCAGAAAUUAUGGCGGAUUUGGACCACCCAAAUGUGAUCCACCUCUUUCAGGCCAUGGAGACCGAGAGGUAUGUCUACCUUAUCAUGGAGCAUGCAGGUGGGGGAGAGCUUUGGGAUUUCAUCCCAGAAACUGGCAUGGAGGAGAAGGAGGCCCGCAGACUGUUUAGGCAGAUCGUGCGGGCUGUGCAGUACUGCCACCAGAAGGACAUCGUGCACCUGGACCUGAAGCCGGAGAAUGUGAUGGUGGAUGACUGCAGCAAUGUGAAGCUCAUUGACUUUGGCCUGAGCACCAGAGUCACAGCUGGAAAGAAGCUGAAUAAAUUCUUUGGCACUCUCCUCUAUAUUCCCCCUGAAAUUAUCUGUCAUCAAGAAUAUGAGGGCCCCCCGGCAGACAUCUGGAGCUUGGGUGUGGUCCUCUAUGCAAUGCUCACAGGGAUAUGGCCAUUUGAGGCAAGCACCCAUAGUAAGCUGAAGAAACUCAUCAAGUUGGGAAGGUACAUCAUUCCUUCACAUGUCUCCAAGGAAGCCCAGAGCCUCAUCCGUGAGAUACUCAAAGUGGACCCCAAGCAGAGGCCCACCAUAGACCAGGUAAUGGGGCACCCAUGGCUGACCCAGGGUGAGGAAGCUUCACCCAGUUCUCCUUGUGAGGUACUCCCCAAAGUCCCGGACCUCACAAUCUUGAAAACGAUGAUCGACAUGGGUUAUGACCACUAUAACACCUGGGUGUCCGUGGUGAGAAGGAAAUUCAAUGAUGCAAUGGCCACUUACCGCAUCCUCCAGCACCAGAGCACCCACGGGGAGGCCUCCCCAGUCCAGGUGAAUUCCGAGCAUUUCCCAGGACCUGAAGAUCCUCCCUGGGUCUGCCAGAAAAAGUUUCCCAGUGAGCCUGCCCUUCCCUUGCCCUGUGAGCAGCAGCAGCAGCCUGCUAGAAGUGCCAGCAUGCCCACCAUCACACUCCGCUUCCUCAAGGACACACCGCCUCCCAGCCUAGCAUCCCAGCCUAACCCAGUGCCCAGCCCCUCACCCUCCCAAGAGACCUCCACAAGGCAACCCCCAGACAGAAGCUGGGGUUGGAAGAGGGUGAGGAGGAGGAUCGCCAAAUGCCUCCGGCAGCUAUGCUGCAUACCCUGCUUCCAUGGGCCACUCUCCAGAAAGAGAGUGGCUCCAGUGGAAACGCCCAGCCCAGACAGACAGAACUGA